GGCAGACACUUUAGUCAGUUAGGGGGCUCUUAUCUUUACACUUGGAGGGUGAGAGGAUGGUUGUGAAGAUUAGAAUAUAGAAGGAUUUCAACUGCAUUGGAUUAUUUUAUUUAUUUUUUUCCACACCGCAUCAUUUGUAUUUAAAAGAUGCACGUUUUGGGGAUUUACACCAUUUGGAUUUUAUUCCAUACAACUCUGUGCAAUUAUUCUGAGGACCAGUGCAGCUGGAGAGGAAGUGGUUUAUCCCAGCAGCAGGGCAGCGUGGAGCAGAUUUCCCUCCACUGCUCCGAGGGCACCCUAGACUGGCUGUACCCCAAAGGAGCCCUUCGCCUCACCCUGUCCCCCCGCCUACCCUCCAUAGCGGUGGGCCCUGGCGGCAGCAGCUCCUCUGGCCUCAUCACGGCCUGCAUCAAACCCUCCGAGCACUUCCACGGCGGCCAGCUCUACCUGGAGAGGGACGGUGUAUUGGAGCUCCUGGUAGGGGACCGGCUGGAGUCGUCUCCCCCACCGAGGGUGCGCUGCUUCAGCCGGCUUCCGGGGGAGAAGGUGGCUCUCUUUUUGCAAGCAACGCCUCACCAAGACAUCAGCCGGCGAAUUGCGUCUUUCCGCUAUGAGCUAAGAGGGGACUGGACCGCUCGCUUGUCGCUGGACUCCAACCACAUCAGCACUUUUGAUGCAUGCAGACCCUGCAACAACACAGAGAUCCUGAUGGCUGUGUGCACCAGUGACUUUGUGGUGCGAGGCAACAUCAGGUCGGUGCAGGAGGACGAGAACCUGCGGGCAGCGGUCAUCAAGGUCAGCGCCACACGGGUUUUUCGCCAAAAGUACACGCUCUUCACCGGCACCAGCCGGGUGUCCACCAGGGGCGAGAUCCGCACCCUGCUGCAGUGUGGAGUCAAACCGGGUCCAGGCAGCUUCCUUUUCACCGGCAGAGUCCACUUUGGGGAGGCAUGGUUAGGUUGCGCCCCUCGCUAUAAGGACUUCCUGCACGCUUACACGGUGGCCAAAUCGGCACAGCAGAUACCCUGUGAACUUCCUGUAGACUGACCUCCUUCUGACCUUUUCUUGCUGCUUGUCUACAUGACACAGAAGGCGGUAUGGAACGCCAGGUCAGUCCUGCUUCAGGUUGGGAAGCCAUGUUGGCGCCACCAAGUAGAGAAAUGGAUUCUCCCAUACACCAUUUCCGUGCAAUAGCAAGCCCAGCGAGAUUCUCUGGAGCUUCUUGGUUGGCGUGGAGACAAGAAGAGAGUGGUGAAUUAAGUUGAACCAUUCAUUCAGGCCUAUUGGGUGUGAUUCAAACUCAGGAAAAUGCAUGAAAAGUAAGCCAGAGAGGACACAUGUUAUUAAGCAGAUUAUGUAGAGUAAAGAAAUUGCACUGUGUGAAGAAAAGGGAAUUAUGCUGCAAGCACUGAAAACCAAAUACGUUAAUAAUAAGCAACUAUAUGUAGCAGAGAGGUGCAGUUGUGAAUUUAAUAUAUGUACAGAGACUGCUGUCACAGCCCAAGCUAGUGCUAAGAGCACUUUGUACACUCAAGCCCAUCACUCACUGUAAAUAAUCAUAUAUGACUGGUGACAAUAUAUGUAUUGCUGUUUACAAUGUGCACUGUAUAAACCAAAUGAAGUGCUGAAGUCUUACAAACACUGCCAUUUGCUCUGUGUGUGUAAAUAUACUGUAUAUACAUGUAAAUAUGUGGAUAAGAUAUUCUAAAAACACUAUUGUUGAUUAUUUCUAUGUUCUGUUAGUA